CGCGGAGGCGGUCCGGUUACCUCAGUUUCUCGCGUCCUCCGUUUUUUUUCAGUCGCUUAAGAAAAGAGAGCUAGGAACGAACGAGCGGGUUGGUAAUCUGGAGAUACUUUACAUCGAGGUUCAAAACAUUGAUUUUUUGCCACGACAGCCGCUUUACAGGGCCAGGAUGUCCAGUGAGGUGCAGAGACCAGACGACAGCCCCAGCACAAGCGGGGGCAGCUCGGAUAUCGAGCAACGAGAGGCUGUCCCCACGGAGCAGGAGAGAGAACAGACGCAGCCCAAGAAGAAGGAGACCAAGAUCUCCAGCAAGACGGCUGCCAAGCUCUCCACCAGUGCCAAGAGGAUUCAGAAGGAAUUAGCUGAAAUCACACUUGACCCCCCGCCAAACUGCAGUGCCGGGCCUAAAGGAGACAACAUCUAUGAGUGGAGGUCCACGAUCCUGGGACCCCCGGGGUCCGUGUACGAGGGAGGGGUCUUCUUCCUCGACAUCGCCUUCACGCCCGACUACCCCUUCAAACCACCUAAGGUAACGUUCCGCACAAGAAUCUACCACUGUAACAUCAACAGCCAGGGUGUGAUCUGCCUGGACAUCCUGAAGGACAACUGGAGCCCCGCCCUCACCAUCUCCAAGGUGCUGCUGUCCAUCUGCUCCCUGCUCACAGACUGCAACCCUGCUGACCCUCUAGUAGGGAGCAUCGCCACACAGUACUUGACCAACAGAGCCGAGCACGACAGAAUAGCCAAACAGUGGACCAAGCGAUACGCCACAUAGACCCCCUCCACACUCACACAAACUCCACACCCCUCUCCACCCUUUCCCUCACCUUGUCAAAGCACACUCACUAAAGUGCAACCUUUGACCCUCCCUUGUACCUUUUGUUUACCUUUUUUGUGAAAAGAAAUGUCUUUCGUUCCUUGUUGACUUGAAAGCUUCUUUUUUAUACAAAGAGUAGAUUGGGAUUUUAUUUUCCAAUGAACUGAAUGUUGGAACUGUCAUAGAAAAAAAUGUUUUAUUAUAAUAACUGUUCCCUCUUCCCCCCCACUCUGUAAAUGUGUGUUCUCCCUCCCCCCCAUCCUUUUUAAGUGGUCCCACAGACAAAUGCAGAUUAUAUCUUGUUUCUACUAUACUGUAGUGUUUAGAAGUUUUUUGUACGGAAUUCAUUCAUGGUAUGUGCAUGUUAACAGGAUGGAAAUUGAAGAUUGUAUUAUUUUUCGCAUUCACGUGGCAUCUAAAAAGAAACUGUUCAUGCUCUACCGUUGGAUUUUGUUUGUAUGUAUUAUUUUUUAAAAGAGGCUGUUGAGGUGGACUGCAAAAAUAUGGGUCCGCCUGUGAGAAGACGGGACUUGUAAAUUUACGCGCUACAUGCCACCUCUGACAUUCCAGAGUGGCUUGUUGUACACUUUGCAUUAUUAAAGCACCCAAUAAAACACUGGCUGAACUGCA